GAGGACCCUGAAAGAUAAACUUUGGAAAAUGUGCGACGGGGAUGUUCACCACCGAGCAGGAAGUUAUUUACUGUAGUGAAUAUCGACAUUAACCCUGAUCAAUAGUGACUCAGCCAGAAGACUACGUAGUACAGUUAUGGUGUAACUCCAGUAACUUUCCUGUAUUUCACAAACAGUUAUCAGGCGGGGUAGAGGGACUUUGUUUAGUAUCUUUCUUGCAUCGCGGAAGACGUGCGGUCCCGUCUUUCUCCUCUCUGAGUGAGUACCUUUAUAUAUAAAACGAUAUAAUGAAGAGCAUGAGAACUCUAGCUGUCUGGACUGUAGUGACCGCUGCAGUCCUCACGGUCCUCAUCUCGUCCACCGCCACGGAGGAGGCGUCGUGUCAUGGAGCCUACGACCUGUACUUUGUUCUGGACAAGUCUGGCAGCGUGGACAAUGAGUGGGGGGAGAUCUACUCCUUCGUCAAGAAUUUGACGGAGCGAUUUGUCAGCCCACAUACUAGGUUGUCCUUCAUCGUGUUCUCCAGCCAGGCCAAGGUUCUCCUGUCUCUCACCAGUGACAGGGCGAAGAUUGAACAGGGGCUUCUUGAUCUUAAAGCCGUAAAACCCGCAGGAGAAACAUACAUGCAUGAAGGAAUGGCAGCGGCCUCAGCUCAGAUCAGGGCACUUCCUCAGAGGUCGGCCAGCAUCAUUAUAGCUCUGACAGACGGAGAGCUGACGCCAUUUAUCCUGCAACUCACAGUCGAGAAGGCUGAUGAAGCGCGCACGUUUGGCACCAGAGUUUACUGCGUGGGAGUCAAAGACUUUGACGAGAAACAGCUGGCGGAGGUGGCGGACACUAAGGAUCAAGUGUUUCCUGUCAAAGAUGGCUUCCACGCUCUCAGGGGCAUUGUUAACUCAAUAUUGGAGCAGUCGUGUACGGAGAUCGUGAGCGUGGCGCCGUCGACGGUCUGUGUGAACGAGACUUUCGAGCUGGUCCUGAGGGGGCGUGGCUUCCCUCGUGUCAGGGGCGUGGUCUGCAGCUUUGUGCUCAACCAGCAAACCAUCCGCACCCAGCCUAGCUCGGUUCAGAGUGACUACCUGCUGUGUCCUGCACCAGUGCUCCAUGAAGCUGGACAGAGCAUGGACGUGUUCAUCAGUCUGAACAACACCCAGGCCUUCAUCUCAAACUCCUACACCAUCACUUCCUCCACCUGUUCCAAUGGCUUGGUGGUGGCCCUGGUCUUCCUGAUCCUCUUCCUGGUCUUGGCCCUGGCCUUCAUGUGGUGGUUCUGGCCGCUCUGCUGCACUCUGGUCAUCAAAGACCCUCCUCCACCUCCUCCCCCCAGCCGGCCUCCCCCUCCCGAGCCAGAGCCAGACCACAAGAAGAAGUGGCCCACGGUGGAUGCCUCGUACUAUGGUGGCAGAGGGGCAGGAGGCAUCAAACGCAUGGAGGUGCGCUGGGGAGAGAAGGGAUCCACCGAGGAGGGGGCACGGCUUGAGAUGGCGAAGAACGCUGUGAUCUCAGUUCCUGAGGAGGAGGAGGAGCCUAUGGUCCGGCGACCGCCACCCAGAUCCAUGCCCACCAAUCAGAACGUAGAGAACAAGUGGUACACACCCAUUAAGGGUCGGGUCGACGCCUUGUGGGCAUUGCUACGGCGACAGUAUGACCGCGUCUCAGUGAUGCGUCCCACCUCAGCGGAAAAGGGUCGCUGCAUGACGUUUAACCGGGUUCCCCAUCAGUAGAGAGAACGCCGCAGAACACCUCCACUCAUUUCCUCCUCUUCACCUUCACUUCAAGCUUCCUCUGACUGCAACUGACAUCAACUAUUCCCCGUCAUAGAUAAGAUGGUAUUGUGUUUUAGCUACGCUCCGUGUUCUCCACCAUGUUGUCGUUCUGAAGCCAACCUCCUUCCUCCUCAGACCACCUCAUAUUUUAU